CUCUGAUAUUAGUGAUGGUGCUACAAGAUUGUGUGACGCGUCCUGCUUCUCCGACGUUAAAAUACGAUGAAUAUAUACAAACUAAUGAAAACUGUAUCAAUUUUUUCUUUCGUUAUCUUGGAGACAAAGAUUGUUCGAGCACAAUCGAGAAACUUCACUAAUCCACGAGGUCCAGGAUACCCAAUGAAAUCAAAACAGCAAGGUUCAUUUUCAAGAGGAGAAAAUAUUCAAUAUGGAAGGAUGAAAGACAGAUCAUUCAGAAGACAUCAGAAUCAUCCAGAUUCUUACAAAGGAGAAGGACGGAGGAGGGACUAUGCAACAAGACGGGACGGAUUUUCAUCCGACCGAAAAGGGUUUUCAUCCAGUCGAGGAGGGCCUUCAUCUGAACGAAAGGGAUUUUCAUCCAGACGAGAGGGGUUUUCACCCGGACGAGAAAGGUUUUCAUCCGGACGAGAAGGAUUUUCAUCCGGACGAAGAGGGCCUUCAUCUGAACGAGAGGGAUAUUCAUCCAGACGAGAUGAGGUUUCACCCGGACGAGGAAGGUUUUCUACUGGACGGGAUGGGUUUUCAUCGGGACGAGAAAGUUUUUCUUCCGCGCAAAAAGAUAAUCAGACGGAACGACCACAAACAAGACCAAGGCAAGAGACCCGAACACACUAUACUACAAGCUGUCACCUCGAAUUGGUCCUUACAAGCCAGAAUCUAGGGUUUCGCGCGCUGCAUCGCUCAUGAUUAGCCGUCUCUUGUGGCCUAAGGAAAAGUAAUGAAAAAUGGUUGAACUAUGUCUCAAUCAUUCUCUUCUUAGCUGAGGGCCUGUGUUCAAAGGGUACUGGCUAGCAUCGGACUAAAAAGAUGUAACAGGAAGAUUACCCUAUCAAAUGUGCGUAUCCUCUGCAGCAUAUGACUUUUAAUAAAAAGACAAAAUCUAUUUUAAGAUCUUCUUAAUCUACGUAGGUAAUCAUACUUAUUGACUUACGUUAAUCUACGUAAUUUCCCCACAAAUAUCUCAACGGAUGGACUCCUUUCAGAAAAAGAAGAUUAAAGACCCUUCAAGAAUCCUCUCAGAUGUGAGAUGGUACUCAUGGAUCUAGUAGAAAAGGAUCGAACCCCCGUGGAGCGCUAAUGUGGUAUCAUUAGCCAAUCAGUUGCAGUCGUGAAUCAACUCGUUCUCCUCGUUUCAGACAAGUUAUGCUGCUACAUGAUAAAACAAAUAUCUCUUUGGCUUCUUUCUUCCAAUUUCAGUAUCAGAAAUUUGGAUGAAAACGAACCGAGAUUGUUAAAUCAGUGCCAAAAAUAUUAAAUAAAAUAGGAAUGUGAUGUGAGGCUUUAAAUUUUUAUAAUCCUCUCUUUGCCAUUCCCAUUGAUAGAUUCAGUUCGGUCAGGAGUAGCUUGUCACGGAGAGUACAUACCCAGAAUGAACGACCCUAUAUGAGUUAAGUGUACUCUGACCGAAUUAGAGUAUGAGUACCGCGUGGAUAUACGGUUAACAUCGUCACAUGUUAUUGUCAGGAGUAUAGGUACACAAGUCAACGGCGCCUUAAUACAACUAAAACUGCUUGGCAGUUGAUCGCGUUGUAUAUGCAAAAAAUUGAAGGCGCGUUGACUUUCAGUGUAACAGCGUUUGUGCAUGUGCGCGAUGGAUAUCAGCGCUGCGCGUACAAAAAACGGAAGGCUAGCGUGCUGUCUAAAAUACAAGAACAACUGCCGAUCAUCAUUCGUCAUGAUGCAGUCGAAGAAAUGCGUUUAUAAUCCCAUUCCAAGGUUGUAAAUUCGACUUGCUUUUUUACAAGAAAGUCGAUGUGCAAUAAUUGUUGUUCAAAUGUACGCUGUGAACUUUCGCUCGCAAAAACUGUUUGCACUAGGACUUCGCGUUUCAAACUUUGAUUUGGGGUUGCACGCGCUAUGAUGCACCGUGAAAGUAUACUGUCUGUUGCGAGAAAUUGAUGUUCAAAAAAUGUCGAGGAGGCUUGUAGACGCGGUAAAAGUAACGUAAUUUAAUGUUGAAACGAUUAAACAUGUUUUUAAACACUUCAGUUUGUGUUAUGACACCUGACGUUAACAGAGUUUUUCAUGAUGAAAUGAGCCCAAAUAUGUUUUUAACCAACUACAUUUUCUGUAAUGAAAAUAUUUAAGGACGGUGAGACGGAUACGAGUAAAAUUUGUCAAAUCAAUUUUAUAACUGUACGUAAUUUUUCAAGUGUCUUUGAAAAAUACAGAGAUAAAUCAAGAUGUA